UUCAAAUUUGUGAGGGAAAGUGAGUCCGUGCGGAGCGAGAGCGCGUCCCACAAUGCACUCGCCGCUCAGCGGGAACCCAAAAUGGCGAGAGCGUGUGAGCCAAAUCAGUUGUUUACCAUAGUGUAAAACACUUAAUACAUUAGAUUCAUCUUGCACAAGCAGCACCACCUCGAUUUACAGCGGAGCUCCUGCUGACCGUUUAUGGUGUAGUUCUUUGUGUUUGUGAGGCAUUGUAACCCGGGAAAGUGGCCGAAUGAGAGACUUAGCAAGUGCAGAUAACCUGGCCGCCCAUCAAAAGUCAACUCCAAAUCACCAACACAAGUCACCAGUGCCCUUGUCACAAUUUCCCCUGAAAGAUGGGCUGACUGACACGGCCAGACUCGCCAGCAAGUUUGAAGAAGGGCAGGAUGUCCUGGCCCGAUGGUCAGAUGGCCUCUUUUACCUGGGAACUAUCUCCAAGAUAGAUAAACAUAAGCAUCGCUGCUUUGUGAUUUUUGAAGAUCAAUCUAAAUCUUGGGUUCUGUGGAAGGACAUUCAGACAGGGGACAGUGGAGGGGAAAUGCUCUGCUCUAUAUGCCAGAAUGAAAGCUCCGAGCCCCCCAAUGAAAUAGUUAUCUGUGACAAAUGUGGACAAGGAUACCAUCAGCUAUGCCACGCUCCCAUAAUCGACCCCAGUGUCAUUGCCUCUGAUGACAAAUGGCUGUGCAGACAGUGCGUAUUUGCUACAACAACAAAGAGAGGCGGUGCACUGAAGAAAGGGCCAAAUGCCAAAGCCCUACAGGAAAUGAAGCAGUCUCUGCCUUACGCCCUUGAAGAUUUAGUGUGGGACCAGGGCCACAAGACCAACAUCCAGCAAUGCUACUGCUACUGUGGAGGGCCUGGCGAAUGGUAUCUGAAGAUGUUGCAGUGUAAUAAGUGUAAGCAGUGGUUUCAUGAAGCCUGCAUCCAGUGUUUUCAGAAGCCUAUGCUCUUUGGAGACAGGUUCUAUCUAUUUAUUUGUUCCGUUUGUAAUAGUGGACCAGAGUACCUCAAACGUUUGCCUCUGAGAUGGGAAGAUGUUGCACACCUGAGCCUCUAUAACCUGAGUGUAAUUCAUAAAAAGAAAUACUUUGACUCAGAGCUUGAACUGAUGACUUACAUCAAUGAAAACUGGGACAGACUUCAGCUUGGCGAGGUUGCAGAUACACCAAGAGCAGAACGAUAUGAAUGCAUUCUGGAAGCACUUAACAGCAACCUAAACAUGUUUCAUGAGAUCAAAAUCAAAGGCAGGAAGGCCACCAAACCCCCUCAUUCAUCCAGCACUGUCACUAAUGGAGUGAAGAAAGGAAAGAGGAAGCAUCACACACACUCUUUAGAGACGUUGGCCAAACUGAGAAGAUCAAGUGAACUUUUGGCACAGAAUGAUGGGAAGUUUCCAACUCUAGACAACAACUCACUGGACCUGAUGGCUUCAAAAAGUGCUAAAAGUGAAAAAUCUUUGCCUUCAUCAAGUACCUCAGAUGUUGAAUCUGUUGGUGCCACCAGCACCAGUGAAACUACCUCAACCACCCUCUCAAGGCAGUCCAGUUUGGGCAGUCCGAGUGGACCACGCACUGGAUGCUUAUGGUCCACCAUCACGCAACCGCCAAUUAAGAGACGCCGGGGACGUCCACGACGAGCACUGCAGCCCCCAAAUCCAGAGAUUCCUCCACCCUGCAACCCAGAGCUGCAACCCAGCAACAAUGUCCCUGAGCCCAGCCCCCUCCCCUCUUGCCUCUACAGUGGCAUGGACAUCAUGCAGGGCCUGGACCCCAACACCCAGCUCAACAACCUCAAGAGUUCCAUCAGCACUUACUUCGGAGCUGCAGGGCGCCUGGCCUGUGGGGAGAAGUACCGUGUGCUCGCUCGCCGUGUCACUAAUGACGGCAAAGUACAGUACUUGGUGGAAUGGGAGGGCGUCACUGCCUCCUGAGCUUCACAUGGGUCUAAUGUACUUCAUUUCUUGACAAUAAAUACAUAACCUGUAAUGAGAGAAGAGCAGUGAUAGUGCCCAAAUGUAUAUGGUUGACUGAUAUAGUUGAAGGUCCUCAGGACUAUAAUGAAGAAAUGGGACUUUGUAGAGUUUUGUGUAUGUGACCUGUCUCUGUGGAAAUUGAAACAGACUGCCUUCAAGUGGACUGGAUUUACACAUUGAAGGUGGCUGUAGUUUCAGGUUGAAGACAUGAUCAAUUCACUACUAUGUGAAAAUAACCCAAGUCCUUGCUUUUUGUCUCUGAUGUGGAGGUGCCUUAAGGGAUUGCGAAACAGAUCCUAUAUGCUGCUGGAGACAAGAUUUUUUUUCUCCUUAUUCAGUUAAAUAUUUUCUCCUAGCUCGAAUUGCCAAGAGGAAAGAGCGCUAUUGUCAAUAGGACACUUUUAUUUACAUUUCAACUGAUUGCACAGAAGCUCAUGUACAUCCAGUAUUGUGUCAUCUCAGUUUAAACAGCCUAGCUUGUGAAUUUGAUUAUAAAAUGAGAUUAUGAUGUUAAAAAACAAUGGAAAAUGGUUAAUUAUUCUCCUGCCACAAAACAUCAAAUUAAAUAAAUGAGUAGCAUUAAUAUUUACAUAAGAUCUUGGUAUUUUUGGAGACAUUCCACAUUUCCAGAAGGCUA